AUGAUAAAUAAUAAUAAUAAUAAUAAUAAUAUUAGUAUAGGAUCAAAGAGGACUGUACUACCUCAAGAUGAUACGACGAAUGCACAGGGUACAGGUAGUGUAGUUGGUGUCAGUGUUGCAACAACUAAACUAUUAUUUCAGAACAAGUUGAAUAAUGCCAAUGGUGGAGGUGGCACUGGUUCUCCAACAGUAUCACCAUCUUCUUCAUCAUUACAUGUUGGUGACACAACAACAACAACACCGACAAUAUCAUCGAAGUCAUCAUUAGGAAUAAAUAGACAAGGUCAAGUGACGCCCACACAACAACAUGUAUCACCAUCAUCAUCAUCACUCAAUCAAACAAAGGUGGUCCAACAACAACCACAACAACAACCACAACAACAACAAGAGUAUAGUAGAGUUGCACCUCAAUCAAACAGAUCAAAGACAUUGAUACAUUCACAUGUAGCGCCAACUGCGCCAACUGCACCAACAUCUGCACCUACGACGACGACGACCACUACUGGAGUAAAGCCAAAUAUACCGAGGGUCAUGGGUGGACUGCAGAUUGGUGGCCGAACAAACAAUAAGAUUGAUGAGCCUCCACCUUUGGCUGAUAUGACUGAUGAUCAGUUUGAGAAGAUCAAUCUGUUUGAUGACAAGUCUAAACUGUUGCUUGUGGAUGUUGAUGACGAGGAACCGUCAUGUGCCGUCAUCAAACAGACACCUUGGUCAGGUCAAAAGACAUCGACGACGACAAUGUCAAAGCCACAUGCUGGUAGCAACGAUGCAUUUGGUCCACGUGGUCGCACGCUUGGCAAGCCUUCAGCGAUUGUUAUUGGAGGUCAUCAUGAUGAGGACAACAAGACAGGGAACAGUGCUGGUCUCAAGCCUUACUCAUUCAAUCCAGGUCCAGCUCAGCGACCAAAGCCACAGUAUCACACCAUCGACACUGCCAACAUCCCACAAUGGCAGAGGAACAAUGCUGAUCUACUCGAAUCAUAUGAUCACAAGCAUGGUGGACUACAAAUUGGAAACAACGCCAACAACAACAACUUGACCAAGGUCCCGACUCCAGCUCCAGCUCCAACUCCAGCUCCAACAACAUCUGAGGGUGGUGUCGGUGGACUUCGUUCGAACCUCACCAGCAAGUUCAGCUCGAUAGUAAACAAGGCGACAACAGCAGUCUCACAAUCUACAUCUUCAACAUCAUCACCAUCAUCGUCAUCGAGUGGCACUGGCAUGACACGAGCAGAGGCCGAAUACGCAGACUAUCUUCAGAGAUCGAAGCAGGAUACAUUCAAAGAUAUCGCAUCACUCAAUUUUAUAUACCGCGCUGGCAAGGACAAUCUUGGUCGUUCCGUGAUUGUUGUUAUCGUGUCAAACUUGCCCGCCAAGCAGACUGACAUGGAUCGCGUCCUACUCUACACCAUCUCCGUAAUGGAUCCAAUCGUCGAUGAUGACUACGUCCUCGUCUACGUUCACACCAACAUGUCCAACGAUAACAAGCCAAGCUUUGCAUGGUUGAAGAAGGUCUAUACCAUAUUCAACAGAAAGUACAAAAAGAACUUAAAGGGAUUCUCCAAGUUCUGGAAGAAGCUGACCUACAUUGAUGACCUGAGCGACCUAUUCAAAUAUUUCUCGAGGGAACAACUCAAUCUUCCAUCAUCCGUCAUGUCAUAUCGACCAGCGGGUAGGAAGUCACCGCCAUACUUUGGCGUGCCAUUGCAGGAGCUGUUGAAUAGACCGGACAAUACUCAUGAUGUUCCAAUAUUGUUCAUCAAGGGAAUUGACUAUUUGGAGAGAAGGGGACUGCAAGCUGAAGGAUUGUUCCGUCUAUCUGGUGCCAACUCACAAGUCAAAUCACUCAAACUAUGUUUCGACUCUGGUGAAGAUGUCAACCUUGACGACUGCGAAGAUGUCCAUACCGUUGCCAGUCUCCUAAAGAUGUUCCUUCGUGAGCUUCCAGAGCCACUCUUCCCCUACUCCACCUAUCCAUCAUUCAUCGAAGUAGUCAAGGUGAACAGGCCAUUGGACAAGAAGAUAGAGUCGUUGAAGUUGUUGAUGUCAUUGUUGCCAGUGGCUAAUAAGGCAUUGACUAGAUAUUUGUUCAAGUUCUUGGAUAAGGUGAUCAAGAAUUCAAACAUCAAUAAGAUGUCACCGGCUAAUCUGUCGAUUGUACUGGCACCCAACUUACUCAAGAGCCAAGAUACCAAUGUCAUGAACGUAGUCAAUGAUACUCAGAAUGUUAACCAAGUAGUCCAACUGAUACUGGAACAUAUCAAUGAGAUAUUCUAG